UCCUCUCGUCUUUUCCAAGAAGAUCUUUGCUUUUAAAAUUCAAUCAAUACCAAAAAAAAAAAUACUCGGAUUACAGAAGAAAUCAUGGUUGAAACUGGUAAAGACUUGGAAUUUUUCAAGGUCUUUCUCCCCGAAUUUAGUUCUCACGAACUGGUGAUUCCUCCAGCAUUCAUCGACUUAUUAUUAGGGUUAGGGAAGCCAUUACCUAAAGAAGCGUUCUUACUCGAUGAGAUCGGACAGUUGUGGCGUGUAGAGACAGAAACAGAAGACACAGACGAAAGAUUCUGUGUUUGGUUCAAAAAAGGUUGGGAGAGUUUCGUAACAGAUCAAUCUCUUGAAUUCGGAGACUUUCUUGUGUUUCGCUACGACGGCGAUUCGAGAUUCUCCGUUACGGUUUUCGCUCAAGACGGAAUUAAAAGAGAUGUUGGUGGCGUCACAACCACGGAAGGAACUAGGGUUUCUGUUGACAAUGAACCGGUUGAUGAUACUUUUACUAAACCGGAAAGUAGGAAAGAUUGUGGCAAUAAGCGGAAACGGGAACACGAUUCGAUCAACGAUAAACCGGAUCAGUAUGAAUCAACUAGCAAAACCAAACCGGAACAUCGUGAGAAGAUUCAGAAAACAGUUAACCGGGCUGGAGAUCCUUGUGACAUAUCAUCGUUUCCUGAGGAUGGAGCUGAAGAAUCGGUUUAUAAACCCAAGAAUCCACAUUUUCUAAGGAAUAUUACAAGCAGUUCAUAUCAGAAACUGGAAAUACCGACAACUUUUCUGAAAUCGAAUGGGAUCGAAUUGGAGGAAGAACUUGAGCUUUGUGAUGAAGAUGGAAAGAAGUGGCCUUUGAAGGUUGAGAAUCACGGUAGAGGACAAAGGUUCUCGUCUGCAACAUGGUUGGCUUUCUGUAAAAGCCACAAGUUGAGGAAGAACCACAAGUUUUUAUUCGAGUUUAUAAUCCCAAGGAGUGGGAGAUGCAACGAGAUUCAAGUUCGUCUUGUCAGUGAGAGAUUGCCUACCACUUUGACAACAAAUAAAUACCAAGUUCUUGCUAUGUAA